AAACGUACACGUUAACGGGGAUGCCGAUAAAUAUGGAUGGUGCCCAAUUAAAUAUUCUAGCAGGCAUUUAUACUUGGCAUCUAAUUGGUCAACAACCCCAAACUAACAGGUUCUGCUCCGCCCAUGUUCUGAUAGUAAAAAAAGUGAUCUCCACAUCUGAAUGAAGAAUCCAGAACACGGCCCUACAAAAAUGCAGAAGAAAAGCUUCUCAUUUUAACAGACUGAAAAGGAGGAGGUCUUAUUGAACAAAGAGUUAAUUGCAAUGGAGCUUCCGUCUGCAGUGGUGGUGCUCCCCAUGGGAAUGCUCUUCCUUUUCUCAGGCCUUAUUGUCAAUUGUAUACAGGCUCUAUGCUAUAUCAUUCUGUGGCCAUUUUCAAAGCGUCUAUAUCGGAUGGCCAAUAGAGUUGUGGCAGAGUUACUUUGGUCAGAGCUUGUGUGGCUGGUUGACUGGUGGGCAGGUGUUAAGAUACGUAUAUAUGCAGAGCCUAGUACACUGCAGUGCAUGGGAAAAGAACAUGCUCUUGUAAUCUCUAAUCAUCGUAGCGAUAUUGAUUGGCUUGUGGGAUGGAUUUUAGCUCAGCGUUCUGGUUGCCUUGGUGGUGCACUUGCUGUUAUGAAGAAAUCAUCAAAGUUUCUUCCUGUGAUGGGCUGGUCUAUGUGGUUUUCAGAGUAUGUAUUCCUUGAGCGUAGCUGGGCAAGGGAUGAGGCCAGAUUGGAGUCAGGUUUACAGCGGUUGAAAGAUUUUACUCAGCCUUUUUGGCUGGCUCUUUUUGUAGAGGGCACACGCUUUACAAAUGCUAAGUUGCUUGCAGCUCAGGAGUAUGCAGCAUCUAAAGGGCUGCCAGUUCCAAGGAAUGUGCUGAUCCCUCGUACUAAGGGUUUUGUUUCAGCUGUUAGUAACUUGCGGUCAUUUGUUCCUGCCAUAUAUGAUGUUACUGUUGCUGUUCCUGUUGAUGAGGCUUCUCCUACAAUGCUACGACUUUUCAAGCGCCAACCAUCUGUGUUGCAUGUCCAUAUCAAGCGACAUCCCAUGAGUGAGUUGCCCAAUACAGAUGAUGGAGUUGCACAGUGGUGCAAAGAUGCAUUUGUUGCAAAGGACAAUUUAUUAGAUAGACACAAGAGUGAAAAUUCAUUUGGAGAGCAACUCUAUCAACCAGUUGGUCGUUCCGUGAAGCCACUGUUGGUGACAUUGGCAUGGUCUUCUCUUCUAGCAGUGUCUGCAUAUAAAAUUGUGAGGAAUCUUCUAAGCAGUCGACAAGGAUCUAUUUGGUUGGCAGUGGGCAUUAUAUUGACAACACUUGUCAUGCAAGUGUUUAUACGCUUUACCCAGUCAGAGCGUUCUACGCCUGCAAAAGUUACUCCUGCAAGAGCCAGUAAUGGGAAAACUGAACCGUCAAUAACCACGAUAAGUGCACCGGAGUAAGAUAUUGAGGAACUUAUCUAUAUAUUUGGAGUCAGGGUUUCGUACAACUUGAUUUUGUAUGAAAUAAAGUACUCUCGAGAAAUGUUCUUGCUCACAGAUUCUGAUAGAUUUUGCAAUUAGGUAAUCUAGAUAUUUAGGAGGCAAUGUGCAAGGCUUAUAUGUUGUAGCGUUGGUAGAUUAUUGAUUAUUUUGCUCUGCAAACCCAACACUUGGUGAUAUUGUAAAGUAAUGACAUGAACAUUCUAAAAGCAUUAUUUUGAAUUUUGAAAAUUCAUUUCUUACGUCGAAGUCUGCAAAACAUGGUUGACAGUGGCCAUGUCAUAUGUUUUAUAAGAUCGGAGGAACAUAAGUUAAAACUGAA